UAACACCUCCGCAUAGGCCAGGGCCUGUUGGCGUGAACAUCCCUGACAGUUUUCACGUCUAGGUAGCUCGACGUAAUGACGUGAGAUACAGGAGUCAUGAAGUAAAUAUCCGCAUUGCAUACACACACAACAGGAAAACGCGAGAAAAAGAUGGUUUACGUGUCUAAUGGCCAGGUCCUGGACAGCAGCACCCAGUCACCAUGGAGACUGUCCUUCCUGAAGGACUUGUUUUGGGGUGCAGUUGAAUUUAUUGGUUUAUUCUUUCAGUCACUGGUUCAGCCAGAUUUAUCAAAGGAUGCAAAAAGUGGUUCAUCCCGCUUCAGUGAUGGCAGAGGCCCACCAGGUGUCCCUGGUGGCCGGAGGCGAAUGGGGAGGAUAAAUCACGGUGGGGGCCCCAGCGCUCCCCCUAUGGGUGGAGGAGGAUGAGGAAGGUAA